AUGGCCAAGCUCACCCUCGCUCAGCAACUCGCCCAGAUCUCCCAGCCCGCUCCUCAAGACUUUGACCCCGAGGACGCCUACGCGACCUACGCCGACGGCCGCACCCCAGCUCCAGGCGACGCCGACGACUCGGCACCGCUCGAUUCCGCAGACGCAGCUCGCGCAGACUACGUCGACGUCGGCCCGAGCAAGCUCCGCAAGCGCGGCGAGGCCGUCCUCGACACCAAGUACGACGGCAAGAAGGGCAGUCGCGCAGCUCUCUACGGCGACGACGACGAGAACGACGAGGAGGAGGACGAGAUGGAGGAGGACGAGGAGCUCGAUGGCGAGUUGAGCGGGGACGACGACUCGGACGAGGACGAGAUGGGCGACUUCGAGGACCUCGAGGGCGAGGGUGCGUCGGACGACGACGAGGAGGAGGAGCUCGACGAGGACGAGGACGAGGACGACGAGGACGCGUCGAUGGCGCCUCCAGCAUCGACCACCCGUCGCUCGGCACCGGCUGCGCCGGCCGGCUCCAACGCCAAGACGCACGACGACCGCGCCAUGGUCAAGCAGCUCAAGCAGGCCGCGUCGGCCGAUGUCGAGAAGGGCCGCGACGUCAAGAAGCAGCUGUCCUUCUGCGACUCGCUCCUCGAGGCGCGCAUCAAGGUCCAGAAGGCCGUCGCGGCCGCCAACCUGCUCCCGCCGCCGGCCUACGGCGCCGACGCGCUCUUCGCCGAGGUCGCCAACGAGCGCGACGAGGUCCUGCACGAGGUGGGCGAGCUGAGCGAGGAGCUGUUUGCGCUGCGCGAGACCCUCCUCGCGACCAACGACAAGGUCGAGCUCGCGGCCGACUUUGGCCAGACGCGCAAGCGCAAGCGCACGUCGGACGAUGCCGGCGCGUACCUCGACGAGACGCUCAAGGACUUGGCUGCGCUCGAGACUGCCUUCGACCCGUUCCUGCGCACGACCGUGUCCAAGUGGUCCGACAAGGUCCUCGCCGCGUCCGGCCUCGCGCUCGCCAAGGACAAAAAGUUCAAGGCCGUCAACCAGAACGCGCUCGCGCAGAUCGACCACGCGCUCGCGUCGUCGGGCGGCGCGGCGGGCGCAGCAGGCGAGCGCGAGCGGCUCGUGCGCCGCACGAGGGUGCGCAGGGGCGAGGGGGCUGUCGUUGGGCGGCCGGCGGACGCGGCGGCGGGUGCGGUCGAGGACGGCGCCGAGGUCGCGCUCGAGGGGGACAGGGUCAAGGCGGGCGGCGCGGCAAAGGAGGUCGACGCCGAGUGCUUCGACGACUCGGACUUUUACCAGCAGCUCCUGCGCGACGUCGUCGAGUCGCGCAUGCUCGACCUGGACGACGCCACCCUGACCCAGCUGCGCCACGCGACGGCCCUCGCACGCGGCAAGAAGGUCAAGAAGAACGUCGACACGCGCGCGAGCAAAGGGCGCAAGAUCCGGUACCACGUGCACGAGAAGGUGCAGAACUUUAUGAUCCCCAUCGAGGCUGGCACCUGGCACGAGGAGCAAGUCGACGAGCUCUUUGCGUCGCUCCUCGGCCGCUCGUUCCCGCAGCAGCAGCAGCAGCAGCAGGGCGCGGACGCACCGGCGCUCGACCCGGCGCUCGACGAUGUCGCGCCGCCGAGGGCAGGGCAGAUCGACGUCGGGAGCUUGAGGCUGUUUGGUUAGACGGGCUCAGAGCUGGAGGGAUGCGAGGGUGGAACGCGACGCAGACGUGCGGCCCAGCG